ACACGGUGGGGAUGGGAACAUCUCCCUUCCUCCUGCUCAUCCUUGAAUGGUCCUGAGGGUGGAGCAGAUGUGGGUGCAGGGCACUCAGGCUGUCUCCAGUCCUUGGGCAGGAACCAGGAGAGGUGUCCUCUUCGUCACACCCUGCCCAGAAAGGUCUGACAGCCUAAAAAACAUCGCAGGGAGCCAAAAAAUGUGGGGCCUGUGAUGACAUGGGACAUGACAAGUGGGUGGCACCUGUGGAAACUCACUGACACACAGCUCAGCAAGGAGAAGAUUUGCUGGGUGCUUUCAGAAGAGCCAGUCCUGCUGCUGGGAGUCAGCAGGGAUGGAAAGCUGAGAAAAACUCAGCAAGGAGAUGGUGCUUGCACUUGGAAAAGGCGGUGUGGAUUUUCUGAGCUGCCAGCCCUGCUCACACCUCUUGGAGAUGUGGGCUGGAUUACUCAGCCAUAGAACUGCUGGCAAGUGAAGCAAAAAAACUGAAGUUCAGACCAGGAUGGAGCAAGGGAUCUCAGUGGAUUUGGGAUGCAGCUGCUCCGGGUGCAAUUGUCGCCAGUAUACAAACAGGAGCUGUGAAGAAUGCCUGAAAAAUGUCACUUGCCUGUGGUGUGCCAGCAGCAGGAGGUGCAUGGAGUACCCCGUCCGAAGAAUCCUCCCGCCGGCCGACCUGUGCGAGCUCCGCUCGGCGCGCUGGGGAGUCUGCUGGGUGAACUUUGAAGCCCUGAUCAUUGCAAUGUCCGUGGUGGGAGGAACACUUCUGAUCAUGUUGGGGGUCUGCUGCUGCUGCUGCUGUUGUAAGAAAAAGAGCAAAAAGCCAGACAAGGAUGACGAGAGAGCAGCCAGGGAGCGGGAGAAGAGGCGGGUGCGGCAGGAGGAGAGGAGAGCGGAGAUGAAAUCACGGCAUGAUGAAAUCCGAAGAAAAUACGGCCUGUUCAAGGAAGAGAACCCUUACGCAAAAUUUGAGAAUUAGCAUCUCCAGACACACCCACCCACCCUGGUGAACAGUGCCUUCUGCAGAGCCACAAGUCUCCAGGCUUCCCCCCACCACCAUGGUGCCACUUCAACUGCCACAGAAGAUGACCCAAAUCCUUGGUGACACCAUUGUCCCCACUCCAGGUGCUUGGUCUGGCCAGACUUUGCUUUUGCCCUGCUGGUGCAAGAAACCAUGGUGACAAUACUGGAAGAUGGGGCAUUUUUUCCUCACUCACCCCAGGGUGGUUGUGGUGUCCAAAGCAAUGCACAUAACAGUCCUUGUCCCAGCCAAGGGCAAAAGCAAUGUCACACAUCUCCCUCACUCCUGCCUCACCAAGAACUCUUCAUGCACACAGAGCUAGCCUCUUCUGCUCUUCCUCCCCCUCUUUUUUUUUUUUUCUUUUAGUAUAUGCAAAAGCCAGCAAGAGUUUCCUGACGUAAGGGCUAGCAGGAGGCUUUGGCUGUCACUCCAGGUGCAUGCACUUAUCCCAGCACAUUAGCAGUCCUCUCAAAGAGCACAAGUUUCUGGUGAUCUGGUGCUUCCAGGAGGAAGGUCUUAUGUGCACCUUCUCACUUGCAACUAAUCUGGGGAAAUGCCCCAACUCUCCUACCUCUCUGUGCCUUUCUAGAAAGGUGGUCUUGGGCUCAAUGGCCACGUCUGUUAGCAAUACUGUAAGUUUCAAGUGCAUUUACAAUAUGCUGCCUGUAUAUUAAACUGAUUCAAUUAC